AUGCACAACAUCAGCACGCGAAGAGCAGCCCGCUUACUGAAAGCGUCCUCGACAACAAAUACCGCGAACAGGCUCUCCCAGACUACUACAGCGUUAUUGGCACAAACAGAGGACGCGACCGGCAGAUCAAGCACUGCCGGACCAGCAGCCUCAACGAAUCGUUCAGCAGUGCUCACACGCACAAAAUCCAAAGCUCACGGAGUAGACGUCUAUCUCUCCAAAGAGUCAGUCCAUCUACAUCAACUUGAAGACCUUGCAAAUGCUUUUGCUAUCAUUUCAAUGUUGAACAUUCAGCCAGGAUGA